AUGCGGCAUGAAGAAAAUGUUGAUGGUAGUCUUUGUCCGACGAUGGUGGUACUAGUACGGCAACUGGCCAAAGAAGAAGAUGAUGGUGGUGGUGGUGUUGCACUAAAGGAUUGUUUUGCUAAGGAUUUGUCAUUUGUAAUUGUCCUUUUGGACAUUUUUAUAUUUAGGGAUGAAGAAGAACUUGAAAAAGGAAAAUCUAUUUCUGAGCUCUUCAAAACAAUAGAAGAAUCACAGUUUGUUAUAAUCAUUCUCUCAAAAAAUUAUGCAUCUUCUACAUGGUGCUUGGAUGAGCUUGCCAAGAUUGUCAAAUGCAGGGAAGAAAUGGGACUGAUAGUUUUGCCAAUUUUUUAUGAUGUUGACCCGACUGAUGUACGGAAACAAACAGGAUCUUUUAAACAAGCCUUUACUGAUCACCAGAAACGCUUUAAAGAUAACAUAGAGAAGGUGGAAACAUGGAGAGCUACUUUAAGAGAAGUGGUUGAUAUCUCUGGUUGGCAUCUACAAAAUAGGUAA